UGAAUGUCACUUCUUCUUUCACGGGGAAAGCGCUCCAAUUACCUGCAUCGGCAAGUGCUCCAGUUCGCCAAACAGUACGGCAAUGUUCGUGUCACCCCCUGGAGGAUGGCCACCAUCUGGGGGGGAGCCAGCCUCCUGUCCACGUACCUGCGGAGCAUGCGGGACCUCCUGGAGAUGACCGACUGGCCCUGGGACUUCUUCAUCAACCUCAGCGCCGCCGACUACCCCAUCAGGACAAAUGACCAGCUGGUGGCAUUUCUCUCCCGAUACCGAGAUAUGAAUUUCCUGAAGUCACACGGCCGGGACAAUGCAAGGUUCAUCCGAAAGCAGGGUCUGGACCGGCUCUUCCUGGAGUGUGACGCCCACAUGUGGCGCCUGGGGGACCGGCGAAUCCCCGAGGGCAUUGCUGUGGACGGAGGCUCGGACUGGUUUCUGCUGAACCGGAAGUUUGUGGAGUAUGUGACGUUCUCCACAGAUGAUCUGGUGACCAAGAUGAAGCGGUUUUACUCCUACACCCUGCUUCCUGCCGAGUCCUUCUUUCACACGGUCCUGGAGAACAGCCCCCACUGCGACACCAUGGUAGACAACAACCUGCGUAUCACCAACUGGAACCGGAAGCUGGGCUGCAAGUGCCAAUACAAGCACAUCGUGGACUGGUGCGGUUGCUCGCCCAACGACUUCAAGCCACAGGACUUCCACCGCUUCCAGCAGACAGCCAGGCCCACCUUCUUUGCCCGAAAAUUCGAAGCUGUGGUCAAUCAGGAGAUCAUCGGGCAGCUGGACUACUACCUGUACGGAAACUACCCUGCGGGCACCCCGGGCCUCCGCUCCUACUGGGAGAAUGUGUACGAUGAGCCGGACGGCACCCACAGCCUGAGCGAUGUGGCGCUCACCCUGUAUCACUCCUUCGCCCGCCUGGGCCUCCGACGGGCUGAGUCGUCGCUGCACGUGGAGGGGGAGAACAGCUGCCGGUACUACCCGACGGGCCACCCGGCAUCUGUCCACCUCUACUUCCUUGCGGACCGCUUCCAGGGCUUUCUGAUCAAGCAUCACGCCACCAAUCUGGCCGUGAGCAAACUGGAGACCCUGGAGACAUGGGUGAUGCCAAAGAAGGUCUUCAAGAUCGCAAGCCCGCCCAGUGACUUCGGGAGGCUCCAGUUUUCCGAGGUCGGCACUGACUGGGAUGCCAAGGAGCGGAUCUUCCGCAACUUUGGGGGUCUCCUGGGGCCCAUGGACGAGCCAGUAGGCAUGCAGAAAUGGGGGAAGGGCCCCAACGUCACCGUGACCGUCAUCUGGGUGGAUCCCGUCAACAUCAUCGCAGCCACCUACGACAUCCUGAUUGAAUCCACUGCUGAGUUCACCCACUACAAGCCCCCUUUGAACUUGCCCCUGAGGCCUGGGGUCUGGACAGUGAAAAUUCUUCACCACUGGGUGCCAGUUGCAGAGACCAAAUUCCUCGUUGCACCGCUGACCUUCUCAAACAGGCAGCCCAUCAAACCAGAGGAGGCGCUGAAGCUGCACAACGGGCCCCCCCGCAGCGCCUACAUGGAGCAGAGCUUCCAGAGCCUGAACCCUGUCCUCAGCCUGCCCAUCAGCCCGGCCCAGGUGGAGCAGGCGCGGAGGAAUGCGGCGUCCACGGGCGCAGUGCUGGAGCGCUGGCUGGACUCCCUGGUAGGCGGGAUGUGGACGGCCAUGGACAUCUGCACCACCGGCCCCAGUGCCUGCCCCGUCCUGCAGAGCUGCAGCCAGACGGCCUGGAGCUCCUUCAGCCCCGACCCCAAGUCUGAGCUGGGGGCUGUCAAACCCGACGGCCGGCUCAGGUAGCACCGGACACGCGUGGGCUCCAGCAGAUCUCAAAGGGAGAGCAGCCAGAGGGCUGGUGGCGCCUGGACCCUGGCCCCCCACCCCCGGGGUGCCUUUUGUGACAGGUUCUCCCGGCCGCAGGAUGAUGGAGAAGGAAGGUUCGGAGGUCAGGCAGUUCCUGCCCCCGACCUGCAUUGGGCACACUGGCUCCUGGGGGUGAGGACUGCUUGGUCCCAGCGCCAGGGUGGGCUUACCUCUUCCGGUUGGUCCUCGAAGCCUCCAGGUUCCUUGUCCUCCCCUUGGUGACCCAGUCAAGUGAUUCUCCAACUUUUAUUUUGAGCAGCAGCAUUUUGUUUACGAAGCGCCGUUGGAGGUAGACGUUCCAGGUGUGGUUGAGAUCCAGGCUGCUCUGGGGGAAGCUGGGGGUGUGAGGUUCGCGCUCUGCGCUCAGCCCACAGGGCAGUCCCUCUGCCCGGGGCACCUCCUGGGGGACCUCCCCAGAACCCAAGGGCUCUGCAAAACCCCGUAUAAAAAGCACUGCCCAGAGUGCAGGCUUGCUCUCCGGCCCCACCCUGGGGCUCAUCUCCCUGCUCCUGGGGGGGCAGGGGACUGGCCGAGCCUUCCACCAGCCCUCGUCGGGUGAGUCGUCCUCCUUCGUAACUAGAAGAGCAGGAGAGCUUUCUGAUGGGACAGGGCCAAGGUUCCCCAAAGUCUGGGUUCCAGCCACCCUCCCUCCAGACAGCCCCGCAAGGCAGCAGAAAGGGGGUGAGGCUCAGGCGUGGGAGCAUCAAGUCUCCCCGCCGUUCAGGGGCUGGGAGACCAAGACCCUGAGGUCGUGGGGCGGGGGCAACUGGAAACUCAGAGACGGUUUGGAGCACACUGCUUAUCUGCACUGCACAGCAAUACCCGCCCCUGCCCGAGCCCUUCCACUCUGAGGUUGGGCAUUCCAGACCUUGGUGAAUUGCCCUCCCCACCCUGGUGCUGUAGGGAAGUGCCCAGACUUUUUGCAUCCAAGAAGUUCAGAUUUGGUUUUUAAAUUCAUGCCCUUCCUCCUCUGAGGUGCCAGCAGGCCCCUCUCCCGUGCGGGGUGGAAGCUGGAAGCCUGAGCAUCAGAUGGGUUCAAACCUAAACAAACAACAGUGUUCUCCCAAGUGCUUGAGUUGCCAUAAGUCUGAAACGUGUCCUUGCGGUGUGCCUCGGGGGGCAGGCCCUGCUCCACUGGAGAGCCCGGUCCGAGGCCCCUUCCUUCUUCAGUCCAGCUCCCCCCCAGGACAGGCUUUCCUUGGCCAAGACACCCCCCGCCCACCCCACCCUACCCCCGCCGGUUGCCAGCUGCCCUGCCCCGGAAAGCCCAUCCCUGUGGGCGUGACGGUACUGCAGGCCCCACUCCGCAGGCCAGGCGCCAGGCGCGUGUCCUGGGGGCCGGGGAGGCCCUGGUAUUUAUUAUUUAUAUGUUUUAGUCAAUGACUAAUGAGUAGGUGCUGCUUUUGCAGCUUGUCAGUUAUGUCUCUUACUAACUGAAGCUGCCUUUAUUCACGAAAGGCCCCCCGCCCCCCUCUCCAUCCCCAGUGUCUGUCUUUCCUGUCUGCUCUGCACUCUCCACGUCCUCAGAGGAAAGGAGGGGUGUCAGACAGCACCAGGAGAAUGCUUGCACCUGCAGCAUCCGCUGGCUGAAAGCGGGGUACCCCUGGGGAUACUGGAGCCUUACUUUUUCCUCAGGCAAGGUAGGAGCCUCGACGGGGCCUCCAGUCCUGGUGGGGCUAGAACUCCUGAGCCAUCCCUGCUGCCCACGGCAGGCACAGGGCCGCGCCGGGUUGCCGACUCCGAUGAAGGAAGAGGACCCUCAGCAGAGCCUGCUUCCCAGCCUGGGAGGGAGAGAGAGCCAAAUUAGGAAGAGGGGGAGCAGUCACACUGAGCCAAGAGCCCUGCCACUGUCACAGGGGCUCCAGGGACCUCGGGGAGGGGAGGGGAGGUGCUUGCUGAGAAAGCCCAGAUCAUCUCUCCUUGAACUUGCAAACUCUAGGAGCCCAGAGGCCCGUGCCACCACGUCUUUCUGCCCCAGCCCACCCCGGCCGCCUUCCUGUUCCCCCACCUUGCCAGGCGUCCUGUGGUUUCCACAGUGUCCUGUGCAAGGUUUGGCCUGUGUCUGGUGUGUGCCUGCAGACCCCUCCCUGGGGCCCGCCUGCACCCACGACACAGCUGGCUCCCCCCCACUCCAGAACAAGCAGCGAAGGUCCGCUCUGGGCACGUUCCCCACCCCCUCCCUGCUCACGGCAAGGAAGUCAGGAAGCCAGGCAGUCACACCCAGUGUUUCUUUAAAGACCUUUGUUUUGGGACCAAGGAAUAACUUUGCAAUAGCAAACAAAGCCCAGGCAAAUUUGAGAAAAGGUGAUGUUUUCCCAGGGGACACAGUAACAGUCGAACUUUGCCUGAGAGUGAUUGAAAGGCCACUAGGUCAAGCAGCCGUGAGCUAUGGCUGUUGGGAGGCAACCACAGGCGAUGAACCCCAGUUAUGGCCUGAGGUCUAGCCCCUGGCUCACUGAGCAGGUGCCGGCGGCUAGGGAGAAGGAAGCAUUUAAGAGGCUGUGGCACCUGAGUCCAGUGACACUGAGGCGCAGUCCGUCUUCCUGAGUCCCAUGGCCUGGGCCGUGUGCAAGGCAGUUUGAGCAUGCGAGUAAUGCCUAGACCCCAUGUUUAAAACACGAGGGAGCCCUUUCCGGACAAUCAGGAAUCAUUCGGGCUUCAUUUGCCCCGUGCUCAUUUAACUUUUCGGAUGCCAGUGCACUCAGAGAGGACGAGCAAGAGCACACGAGCCCCAGAAGGGGCGGACUGCAGCUCCUGUGGGCCCUGCUGCCUUCUGGCUCCCUGGUUUACAGGUCCGAGGAGGACACGGGCUAGAACCUCGAUCGAUCUCUUUGCCAGGAAGGUGCAGAAUAGAGAGGAGCAGCUGUCGGCCAAACCCUGCCGGAUGGAAGCCACACUCCGGCAGGGGUCACAAACACCAACAUGGUUGGUGUAAGACAGUGGGGAAUGGUGGGGACUGUGGUCUGCUGGCAUGCGUGUGGCCCAUCUCUAGGCAGCCUCGUGGCUGCAGCCUGUCUUUGCACAUGAGCCUGCAGAAUCUUCCAAUUUGGUAAAGGAAGGCCAGGUUUUCAAAGAAAAUUUUAUUUUUAAGUGUCAGCAGUGAUUUUUUUGUUUUGGGGGGUUUUUUUUGGUUUUGAGUGUGGGCAAAGAGAAAUUCUACAGUUCAUCCUGCACAAGGCAUGAGCCACCAGUAGGAAGGGGCAAAAAUUAUAGCUCAUCUCGCUGAUCGCUCUGGAGGGAACACCGUCCUCUUACCAGUCAUCCCAUCCCGGAGAGACAGUCCCACGGAGAAGUGUCCCAGAAGAACUGGCUGCUGAGGCUGUCCGGGUCCCAAGAUGGUGCUUAAAAAAAGAAUUUGGAGACCUGACCUAAGGAGGCCCACACCUUCCAGAAUUCCAGCCUGCCCAGGUGGAGGUGACGAGGGAGGGCAGGGUCUGGGGAGGGAGGGGUGUGUCCAACAGCCCCGCGCUCUCCAGGUCCCGUUGGAGCUGUGCUGGCUCACGGCCGCCCCUGCCCACGGGGCUACCAAGGCGCUACCUCACUGUGUCCCCCGAGUAGUUCACCUGGGGGGUAAUUAGGGGUCCCAGAUGUGCUGGAGCUGAAUGUACAAUCUAUGCAAAUUUCUCUCCCUCUCUCCAUUUCCCUCUCUGUGUCUGUUUCUCAGAAGUUUGGUUUUUUGUUUUACCUUGCAAACAAGGUACUGUAUAGACCCCUCUGAAGACCGGGGAGGGCUUCCAUGCGCCACCUGUGUCCGCCCCUCACGUUGUCUUUGGUUCCGGCCCGGCCCCACGCAGGGAGAAAGCAGCCCUCCCUGCCCCUCCCCCCCUCCUCGGGCUGGGAACACUCCGACUGCCUCUGCCCACCCUCCCACCAGAGCCCCCAGGAAAGCAGGUUCUGCCUCCUGCACCCCCGUCCUACACACCAUCUCUGCUCCACCCCUCAUCUCCCACUUCUCCCCUGCUCCCCCCCAUCACCACCCCCAAAAGCCUUAGGUUUCUCCUUUAUGAAAUGUGGCCUUAACAUUAUUUUUGGAAAGCUGACUGCCCUCUCCUUCCGACUUCCACCAACAUCUGAGAAGAAAGAGCACCUCGAAGCUUCCGUGGCAACCCCUCAGCCAGGGGCUGCCACUCUGUAGUCUGCAGAGCGACAAAAAGGCUUCUGCGUGUCAUCUUUAUGAAAAAUCUCCUCUCCUUAUUCCUCUGGGUAAAAUGAAGGCUCGGGUGCUGCACGCCGUCUGGGCGCAUGGCCGAGGCACCGGGCCGGCUUCCGCCCUCCCUCUCCCCUCCCAGACUUAGUGACUUGAUGUACUUCAUCCAAGGGUAAUCAGGAGAGUUUCUCAGUUUCUCUCUGUCCUUCCUGCCUGGAAAGGGAGAGCGUCCCGUAUUCCCAGCGGACGGGUCGUGUUCUCAACAGGAUCACACACCCGACUCCUGUCGCUCCAGGUCCCGUUGGAGGCCAAAGACAACCCCCCAGGGUUUUCAUAGGAAAUUCACUGGAAUUGAGCGCAACCGUCCUUAGAGUCCUUUCUCCGUCUUCUUUUGGUUUUUAAUAUUAUGUUGUCAAUAGCGUUUGUUUUGGGUAUUUUUUUUUUAGAGGCCUCACGAUAAGUUAUUACUGUCCCCCAUUUUUUUUCAAAGACAUGUGGUGAUAUAGUUUUUAAAAAUAACUAUUUUGUUAUAGAUCAUGAUAUGCAUAAAACUGUACAGAAAUAUUUUGUAAUGUAUUGAUUUAAAAAAUCUGUAAAUAAAGUUUAAAAAAAAAGGA